GGACGAGGUUUGUCUACCGCAGCGAGGAGAACGAAAUGCCGAUGCCGAAGCGCGCUCCCCGAACUCUCGACGCCUACGUUGUCAGACAACUCGAUGAUUCCAUACGACCUGGUGACUGCGUUUGGUUUACACCUAUGGACGAGGGAAUUCCGCCGCAUGUAGCUCGUAUUGAAAUGAUCGUCGCGGAUGGCGAGAACGUAAAGAUUCACGUGAGGUGGUAUUACCGGCCGGAAGAGUCAUACGGCGGACGCCGUAAAUUCCAUGGCUCGAAAGAGUUAUUUUUGUCCGAGCAUCGUGAAGUUGUGGGUGUAAACGCCAUUGAAGGCAAGUGCAGGGUGCAUAGCAUCGACAAUUACACCAGUCUUGACGUCGUUAGAACCGAGGACUACUUCUGUCGGUUCGAGUACAAUUCGACGACUGGAGCUUUCACACCUGACAGCAUCAUUGUAUUUUGCAGCUGUGAGAUGCCUUUUAAUCCAGAUUUUCUUAUGGUGCAGUGCGAAUUAUGCACAGAGUGGUUUCAUCCAGAAUGUUUAGGCACCACCCUGGAGGAAGUCAGGACUUUUGAUCAUUUAUACUGUGAUCUUUGUGAUCAGCAAUAGCAACAGUUUAUAGCUGAAAAAAGAAAAAUUGAUGAGAUUGAUACAGAAUUAGCAUUGGCAGUGGUAGAUGGGAGGUGUUAUAGAAGAUUGGAAAAAUGUGCAUUAGUGUAUUUCUAUUGUAACUUGAGGCUGAAGCAGAUCACAAUAGAUUUAAAUUAGCAAUGGUGCUGAUGUAAAAUAGUGAUUAG